CAUGCCCGGUAGGGGGCGCGCUCCCCCGCGGCCGACCCCAGCCGCGGGCCGCUGAGCCGCUGACCACAGUCUGCAAGGUGUCCACCGGCGGGCGCGGCCGCGCUUAACCCCUUCCCGCCGCCCUCCGGCCGCGCGGUCCGAGGAGGGCCCCGCAGAAGCACCGCGCGGAGACCGGGCCCCCAGCUGCGCGGCGCUUCCCGGCCGGGGGUCCCCAGCGGCUGAGCCCCCGGGGAUGGGCGCGGGCGCGGCCCGGACAGCGCGGGCGGGCACCCAAGAGUUAACGGGCGGGGUGUGACAGGGCGACCGCCCUCAGGAAGUGUUACUCACCGCCGGGAAUGCUGCCUGCCGCCUGGGGGCUGGAUUCUCUUCCUGAGUCCCGGGAGGGGCCGCACCGGCUCCCGGCAUGGCCAGCCCCGAGGAGCCGCGCGCGGGCGCCCCGGGAGCCCCGGCCCCCGCCGGCGUCGCCGCCGCCGAGCCCCCGCAGGGAGAAAAGUUAGCCAAGUUGGAAGGGGCGGCCCGGGCGCGGGGCUCCGCCGAGGGCCCCGCACCCAGGCCCGCCCCGGACCCGCUCUACGACGUGCCCGCGGCGGGGAGCGCGGGGCCGCCCGGGGGGCCGCCGCGGCCGGGCCGCGCCGUGAGCCUCCGGGAGCGCCUCCUGCUCACGCGGCCCGUCUGGCUGCAGCUGGCGGCCAACGCGGCGGCCGCGCUGCACACGCUGCGGACCGAGCCCCCGGGGACCUUCCUGGUGCGGAAAUCCAACACCCGCCAGUGCCAAGUGCUGUGCGUGCGGCUGCCCGAGGCCAGCGGCCCCUCCUUCGUCUCCAGCCACUACGUCCAGGAGGGCCCCCGGGGUGUCUCCUUGGAGGGCUCCGAGCUCGCGUUCCCGGACCUGGUUCAGCUCAUCUGCUUCUACUGCCACAGCCGGGACGUCCUUCUGCUCCCCCUGCAGCUGCCCGAAGCCAUCCGCCAGGCGGCCUCCCACAAGGAGCUGGAAGCCAUCUCCCACCUGGGCAUUGAGUUCUGGAGCUCGGCCCUCAACACCAAGGCCCGGCCGAACCCGAGCUCGGGCCCGCUGCUGCCGCGCCUGAAGCCCCGCCCCCCGCAGGAGCUGGACCAGGGCACGGGGGCCGCCCUGUGCUUCUUCAACCCCCUCUUCCCGGGGGACCUGGGCCCCACCAAGCGCGAGAAAUUCAAGAGGAGCCUCAAGGUGCGCGUGUCCACGGAGACCUCCAGCCCCCUGUCCCCGCCCGCGGUGCCCCCGCCCCCCGUGCCCGAGCCGCCGGGGACGGCCCCCCACCCUGCGGAAAGGCCGCCCCCUCGCCAGCUACUGAGGAGGGAGAGCUCGGCGGGCUACCGCGUGCCCACCGGCGGCGGGGCCGGCCCCCCGCCCCCGCCCCUGCCGUCCCUCCAGGAAGUGGACUGUGCCUCCCCCAGCAGCUCGGACGAGGAGGAGGCGCCGCGGGGCCGGGGGAGCCCCGCCACCUCCCCGGGCCCGGCCCGCCGCCGGCCGCUGCUCAGGUCCAUGAGCGCCGCCUUCUGCUCCCUGCUGGCACCCGAGCGGCAGGUGAGCCGGGCGGCCAGCGCGCUGAUGCGGGACCGCCACACGGCCGUGGGCCAGCUGGUGCAGGACCUCCUGACGCAGGUGCGCGCCCGCCCCGAGCCCGGCGAGCUGCAAGGGGUCCGGGAGGCGCUGAACCGCGCCCGGGCCAUGCUGAGCGCCGAGCUGGGACCCGAGAAGCUGCUGCCCCCGGAGAGGCUGGAGCGCGUCCUGGAGAAGUCCCUGCAUCGCUCCGUGCUCAAGCCCCUCCGGCCCAUCCUGGCCGCCCGCCUGCGGCGCCGGCUUUCUGCCGACGGCUCCCUGGGCCGCCUGGUUGAAGGCCUCCGCCUGGCUCGGACCCAGGGCCCCGCCGCCUUCGGGUCCCACCUGAGCCUGCCCUCCCCGGUGGAGGUGGAGCAGGUGCGCCAGAAGCUCCUGCAGCUGCUCGGCGCCUACUCCCCGGGCGCCCAGAUCAAGCGGUUCCUGCAGGCCUGCAAGCUGCUCUACUCGGCCCUGAGGACCCAGGCGGGCGAGGGCGCGGGCGCCGACGAGUUCCUGCCGCUGCUGAGCCUGGUGCUGGCGCAGUGCGACCUGCCCGAGCUGCUGCUGGAGGCGCAGUACAUGGCCGAGCUGCUGGAGCCCGCGCUGCUCACGGGCGAGGGCGGCUACUACCUGACCAGCCUGUCGGCCAGCCUGGCCCUGCUGAGCAGCCUGGACCCAGCGCUCCGCCAGCCCCUGAGCCCCUCGCAGGAGCUGCAGCGCGCGCUCCACCUCUGGGAACAGCGCCGCCUGCCGGCCGCCCACAGCUGCCAGCAUCUCCUCCGAGUCGCCUACCAGGACCCGGGCAGCGGCUGUACCUCCAAGACCCUGGCCGUGGCCCCUGGCUCUUCCGUCGCUGCCCUGACCCAGCUCUGCGCCACCAAGUUCCGGAUCACCCAGCCGGACGCUUUCGGCCUCUUCCUGUACAAGGAGCAGGGCUACCACCGCCUGGCCCCCGGGACCCCGGCCCACACGCUGCCAACGACUGGCUAUCUCGUCUACCGCCGUGCAGAGCGCCUCGACGCCCCGCAGGCCAGGGCAGAGGGGGGCUGCGGGGAGCCCCCAAGGGGGCGUGAGGAGGAGGAGGAGGAGGAAGGGGAUUGGGGUGAGACGCUCCCCGGGAUCAAAGGCAGCCCCCGGGACAGUAAUGAACAGACUGAAGCCAGGUCCAGGGGACGCGAGGGCCAGGCCUGGGGUGUGACUGCCCCGCCUGGGGGGCCAGAGAUUGAGGGGAGCCUGGGAGAGUAGCAGGGAGUGGCCGGAGUGUGCCAAGGCCCAGCCAGUGCCCUCAGGGAAAGGCCCUGCGCAUUCCACUGCCCGCCGCAACCCAGGCUGCAGCCCCCAGACCCACACCCACUGCCUCGUCCACUCUGCUGUCGCCAGUGGGGGCCACCUCUAGAGGACGGAAUAAAGCGGGGGUGGGGUCAGAGGCCCCCAAUCUAAGUGCUCAAGGCUCCUGGCCCCUUGUCCUUCUUCAUGGGUCUGGCUGGGCAGUCAGCUGUGGUGAACGCCCACAUCUGGCUUGGGGGAGCCCCAUCUCCACUCCACCCCCGGGCAGGCCCUCCAGGCCAGGGCCUUCACAGCUCUGAAACAUUCAGCCUGCUUCUGGGGUGUCAGAAGAAUUGGGGGGCACAGAGGCACAGGGCCCAUCAACACCAGCCCUCCUGGAAAAGCAGCACUCCCUUUCAGGGGUCCUUGAUGUUGCUGCCAAGCUGACCUCAGGCAGGGGACAGGGAGGGGAAAAGGGGUGCCUUCAGCCACACCCCGCACCGCUGGCUUCCCUGCUAUCCAUGGGUGAUGUCCAGGGGUAUCUGUGAUGGGCAGUGCUCCCGACACUCCGGGGGUCCCAAGGGAUUGCAGGGACCAUGUCAGAGAGCAGACGGCGUGGCUUGGCACCCACUGGAUCCCCUCCCCAAACCCAGGCCCGGACCCCAGAAUGGCCUCUCUCUCGUAGGACAUUAGUAAAUAAACGAAUCCUCAAGGGCCGGCGGGUGGCCUCCGAGGGUGGGGUGGGGGAGUCCAAGCAGGGAGCAAAUCCGAGCCGAGGAAAUGCCGAUCACCGCCACGAGGGGGCGCGCGGGGCACAGAAAGGUGCAUCGCUGGAGGCGGGGCGGCGCCCCUCGCUGCAGGUGGGUCGCCGGGUAAGCAGGGGACCAGGCGGAGUCCCAGCUGCCCCCUCCGCUGCCCUCGGGUUAGAGCCUGAGCCUCGCCAGCUUCUCCGGGCCCGCCCCCUCAGGGAGACCCUCCCUCCGACGCGGAGCUCCCGUUGCUCCCGCUCGCCCCCACCUUUGCGCUUUUGGAUGCUGCCCACCCCAACGUGUCCUGGGCGUUUAAUAAAUAUUGUCCAUCGA